AUGAGUAAAAUAGACAUGAUGUUGAAAGUGUUAUGCGCUAAUCAUGUGAUGGUAGUGGUAGUGGUGAAAGAGAUGAAGGUAAAGGUGAUGGUGGUGAUUGAGGAGGACUUGGCAAAGGUUGAGGAGGAGGCAGUGGUGGCAGUGGCAAUAGUGUUGGAGAUGGUGGUGGUUGUGGUGGCGGUGGUGGCAGCAGUGGAGUUGGAUGUGGAGAUGGAGGUGGUAUCAUUUAAAAAAACUUAA